AUGUCCGACACUGGCAGGCAGUCUCUCACCGACAAGGCCGGCGCCGCUCUGAAGCCCGACUCCGAGAAAUCGACGACCGAGCACUUCGGCGACAAGCUCAAGGGCAAGUCCGACUCUGCCGCGUCCUCGGUCCAGCCCGAGAGCCAGAAGUCCACCUCGCAGUCGAUCGGCGACAAGUUCAGCUCGAACUCUAACGAGAAUGAGCCCUCGUUGACCCAGAAGGCCAAGAACGCCGUCGGCCUCGGGGGGAACAACGUGUAG